UGCCACAACAACAACAAAAACUCACUCCGCCUGCAAAGUGAGCCGCACAGAUGCCGUAGUCGACACAGACACGGAUCUAGAGAGCGUGCUCUCAUUAAGCAGGACGGAGGAGAGAGCCUUCUCCGCUCGCCGGAACCAGGCACCAGCUCCCUGCGUAGGGAAGGGCCGAAGCGUUCCAAAGAGGGGAUGAAGGCCAAAGCGCAAUACAAAGCGGCCCUCAACAUCAAAAGCCGGCUGCAGGGAAAGGCUGACAUCUCUCAGGAGGAGAAAGUCAAGCUAGCCUGGGCCGAGCAGCGAGUAGAGGAGGGCCGGCUACACUACGCCCAAAUGCCACAGAUGAGGGCGUCGAACGGCGAAUUUCCCAAUAUGGUGGAGGAGAUGAUGGCCACCAAGAGGCAACGCUCGACUGAGAGUGCCAUCAAGGACACUCCAGCGAGCAAGCGUCAACGCGGCACCAAGAGUGCAGCCCCUCCGCCGAAAGCGGCCAAGAAGCCAACACCACAGCUCAAAGCGAAGGUCAGUGACGUGACCAAACGACAUUUGAUCGUGGCACUCAUUGACCGCAGCGAUGAGAACGGCAGGAUGACAGCGGCACAGUGGAAACUGGUGCAUGCGCGUCUUGUCAACGCACUGUUUGCGCGGAUGGAGGAAGACCCCGCGGACCCAAUGCCCACUUUCGAUGGUGCUGGGUGGCUCAAUGGGGUAAAAAUACUGAAGUGCAAGGACGUCCCAACCCUAAGGUGGCUGACGCGCACGGUCUGCCAACUGGAUGCGAUGUGGGAGGGGGCCAAGCUGGAGGUCGUGGACAGGGAGCUAGUCCCGUCCAAACCGAAGGCGAAGGUACUCUUCCCAAUCAAAAUCCAAGGGGACCGUGCGCUGAAGCUCCUUCAGUGUCAAAACGCAGACGUGCCAACGGCGGACUGGAGGAUCCUCUACAUUUGUAGCCCACUACCCAGCGAGGGGGGCCAAUGUGUGAUCCUUCAGAUCAACAAGGAGGCAGAGGAUCUGCUGUACCCCAGGUUCGGGAAGAUGGCGUGGGGUAUGGGCAGUGUAUACCUGCGCCUCAAAAAGCGCCACCCCAAAAAUGCGCACUCCCUACUGGCAGGCGAGGUGGAGAAGGACCUGGGCCUCGAGUCCAUCGUGGUGGCCACCCAGGGUCUUGGGCUCGAAGACUCCGAGGAAGAGGAGGAGGACGGUGACCUGACGCUCGAUGUCAACCCGUCAUGUGCAACUGAGCCAGCCACCUAUGAUGCUGAGUGUGCUGCAGCUCAACUUGCAUAAAAGCAAGCAAGACGCCAAUGCUGACCACAAUGUGCGGGAAAGCCCCAACAUAAAUGCCAGUGUUGACACCCUACUCCGAGCUCACGACCCCUCCCUUCAACUUCGUGCAUAAAAACAUCGAACAAUAAAACUAUGAAUUAAAAACUAACAACGGAGAAAAUCUUGUUCGUAAAUGUGGAGUCAGAGUCGCCGAAAAAGAAAGACGAUAAACUUCAAUACCUGGCAUUGCACCACAUCCAUCGAAAUCUAGUCCAACACACUUUUUCAGCAUUCAAGACUUGCCAGUCUAUAAGGACAACAAACUCUUCAAUAAUUUGCACCAAGGCACUGGUAAAAAACGGAUUAAUUCGAAAUCUCAUCACAUGAAUACAAACAAAAAGAAACUUAAAAAAAUUCAAUAUAAACUCAAUUGAACGAGCAGAUCAAUUCCAAAAUCCACGGA